AUGCCUCCUCGAUCGUUUAAGCCUGUCCGUUCGAUGGUCAACCCAGCUCCUCGUACUGAGGCAGCGAAGCAGGCGUUGAAAGCAUUUCACUGCGAUCUCUGUCAAAAGGGAUACAGUCGUAUGGACGAAUAUGAAACGCACAUAAGCAGUUACGAACACCAGCAUAAAAAGCGAUACAAUGAGCUCAAACAAAUGCAAAAAGACUCCUCAAUGACCGCAGAACAGCGCCGCGAGCGCGAAAUGCGCGAAUCAGGCAUGCGCACCAUCUCACUCGACAGCAUCCAAGUAUCCACGACUACAUCUUCAUCUACCGCCGUCGCCGCCGGCGGGGCACCAUCCACUGCAAAGGCUGGCUUUAAAUCGAUCGGUGGCGGAGGGUUCAAGAAGUUUGGCUCAAAAGCGAAGACAGCGACGACUCCUACUGCUGCUGCUUCAACAUCGACAGUUAAGACCGAAAUUCCGCGGAAUGACUUUGCAAACGAAGAAAACUCUGACAGCGAAAUUGAUGCCGACUAUGAACACUACGAUCCUCGACAUCCUACCUCUCCCUGA